AUGUACAACACAACUAGUAGAGCACCGAUUGAUGAGCUAUCCAAGAACAGUGACGUAGAAGAAAAAACUGACACAGUUGAAGAUGUUGCAGGCAUAGAUACAGAGCCAAUCGCUAGCAAAGAUUUAGGGCGGAUAGCAAUAAUUGGCAAGGGGCCGUACGGUGUGGCCAUGAUCGAUGCGUUACUCCGAACUGGCCACGAUGUAUUAUUGGGCGUGCGCACCCCAGCAGGCAGUGGGUCUGUGGGAUCAGUGGAGUUGUUCCACCCGGACUAUGCUAUUCACCAUCAUUUGCAGAAGGAUGUCGCGAGACAGCGCAUUCGAACUGUUCCCGAUGCGAUCUCUCAGGCGGAUGUGGUGGUGGUGUGCAUCCCGUGUACAUCGCACACACGAUUCGUCAAAGAGAAUGCAGCCAUACUGCGCCGAAGAGGGGCGGAGAAGUUGAAUAGCGGGGGCACAGGCAUUGUGAUGAUCGAUAUCAGGAACACGCGCCAGCACGAUCAGGACUCAAGUGUGGCCGAGCAAUUGCAGGCGGCCCUGAUGGCCGAGUGCCUAACGAGCAGAAUUUCGCACUCGUAUGUGAGUCUUGUAAAAGCGUUCAACACUGUCUCGGAAUUGCCCCAAAAAGACAUGUUACGUAGUGAAGACGCCGUGCCCGUGUGUGGCAACGACAUCACAGCCAAAAACACGGCGAUGAAUCUGGGUAGUGGGAUUGGCUUGAGGCCAUUCGACAUUGGAAACCUCGACAACGCACGCCAGAUGGAGGCCAAUGGAUACAGCAACUGGUCCAAAUGGGGUAGGGCGGCGAUCGCGAUAUUCAUCAUCUUGACUUUCUUUUUAGUGUACUGUACGCUGUGGUAUAUGGUGUUCGAUUCGCCUAUUCCCAAUGCGCCUGUGUACACCUGGGACCAGCCUGCGCUCGUCAUAAACAAGGCCUGUUCGAACACUGCCCUAACGCUUCUGGCGGUGACUUAUCUACCCGGAAAACUGGCCCAUAUUCACCAAAUAAUCCGCAAGGACUGUAAUAAAAUGUUACCGUUUUAUCUACCAUCCUGGCUCCAGAUUCGCAACCAACUCGGAAUCACGGCUGGUUGGUUCAUGGUGGUACACACAGCCCUCACGAUGGCACUCACUACUCCCAACAUCAGCGAACAACAAAGUUUCAGCCAACUUAAGAAUCUUCUAGCACAAAUCACACUACUUAUCGGUGUGGUCGCUGCGUGUUUGUGGCUGCCUGUCACGCUCUCUCCGGUCCCCGCCAUUCGCCAGGGCCUAUCUGUGCGCAAGUGGAAGUUUUUGCACAAUACUAUUGCGCACACUGCCCUCGUCGUAGCUGGUGCUCAUGGGAUGAUGUUCUGGUUGGCAAUGUAUGUGUGCCCGGUCGAUGUACUACACUUGAUUCUGACUAUCGGCCGAGUUAAGCGAGUACAUGGAGACAGGAGCGGAAAGGUGAGUAAAGAGAUAAUUACUAAAUCCAUGGCUAAGAUGCGUGGCAAAACCGAUUCCAAAUGGCAUAAGGAAAUGGCACAGGGGUUGGUUGCCUUAGCCUUCGCGUAUUCCGGAGAAGAUGGCGGGCUCAACCAUAGGGAAUUCAUCACUGCAUUUUCAGAUCUACCCGCAGUGUACGUAAACCGCCUAUUCCAAGCGCUAGAUAUCGAUGAAUCAGGAUGGGUUGGUAUGGAGACCAUGCUUCCCAUCUUCUUGAACGAUCAUCCCGUGUUGAGCUUCUAUGAAUAA